AGUACCUCCUAAUCCCUCCUGGGAUCAGGUUUUCAUGGACCUGUCACAGGACAAAAGAAGACAGCUGUGGUGAAAGAGGCAGGGUCACUCCAGGAUGUCAGACACCGAAGAACAAGACUAUGAGGAGGAACAGGCAGAAGAUGAGGAAGCGGUGGAGGAGGAGGAAGCCCCCGAGGAGCCAGAGCCGGUGGCAGAGCGAGAAGAAGAGCGCCCCAAACCCAGCCGUCCUGUGGUGCCUCCUUUGAUUCCCCCGAAGAUUCCAGAAGGCGAACGUGUGGACUUUGAUGACAUCCACCGGAAGCGCAUGGAGAAAGACUUACUGGAGCUGCAGACGCUAAUCGACGUGCACUUUGAGCAGCGGAAAAAGGAGGAGGAGGAGCUCAUUGCGCUAAAAGACCGCAUUGAGAGGCGUCGCGCGGAGAGAGCCGAGCAGCAGCGCUUCAGAACAGAGAAGGAGCGAGAACGCCAGGCCAAGCUGGCGGAGGAGAAGAUGCGGAAGGAGGAGGAGGAGGCAAAGAAGAGAGCAGAGGAUGAUGCCAAAAAGAAGAAGGUUCUGUCCAAUAUGGGGGCUCAUUUUGGGGGCUACCUGGUCAAGGCAGAACAGAAGCGUGGGAAGCGACAGACUGGUCGGGAGAUGAAACUCAGGAUCCUGUCUGAGAGGAAAAAGCCCUUGAACAUCGACUACAUGGGGGAGGACCAGCUCCGGGAGAAGGCCCAGGAGCUGUCAGAAUGGAUCCACCAGCUGGAAUCAGAGAAAUUUGACCUGAUGGAGAAAUUGAAGCAACAGAAAUAUGAGAUCAACGUGCUGUACAACCGCAUCAGCCAUGCCCAGAAAUUCCGAAAGGGAGCUGGGAAGGGCCGAGUUGGAGGCCGCUGGAAGUAAGCCUGCCAGGACAUGUCCCACUGUGUGAAGCCCAGGAGCCACUGGAGUGUGUCCCAUCUGUAACUCAAAAUAAAGUGUCCCCAGGCUUCUGCUUAA